AUGAACAUUUAUGAUCCUAGAAAUUGGGAUAAUCUCAAUGCCGAGUCGAGAGAUUUAUUAGUUGAAAAUGGUCCUGUGAGAGAUUUGUUAAUGGAGGAAAGUCCUCAGCAUAAGUCCUCUGUGGGAUUCCGUUCCGAGUUUUACACUCGGAUUAUAGCAAAUGGAGAGAAAGUGGAUAGAGAUUGGCCAGUGUACUCAAAGGAGUUUGUGAAUGAGGGAAAUUGGGAAAGGAUUAGUGCUUUGAUUGGAGAGAGUCUGCAGAAGUCUGAGUUUGCGAAGGAAGGAUGUGGAGAUUGGGGGAAUGUUGGUGUUUUGAUUAGAGAACAUGAGAGAAGUAUGGCACACAUGUUUAACAUGACAACCUGGAAAGGUUUACGUCUGAGAUUAAAGAAAGAUGAAAGUGAUGAAAGAAUCGACAAUGCUGUUUUUAAGCUAGAGAAAGAGCAUUGGAGUAGUGUGUUGCUGAGAAUAAUUGCAGUUGUGAAGUUUCUUGCCAAGAAUAACAUGACAUUUUUUGAAACGACUGAGAGCAUGGAUGAGGAGGAUUGUGGAAUGGAUGAGGAGGAUUGUGGAAACCUUACAAGCUUCAUUGAAAUGAUUGCGGAGUGGGAUUAUGUGAUGCAAGCACAUAUCAGACGUAUCAAAAUCAAUGAGAUUCGUCAUCAUUAUCUUGGUCGUAACAUCCAGGAAUUGAUGACUGCUCUAGCUUCUGAAAUCAAAAGUGCAAUCGUCAGGAAAAUCAAAGAAGCCAAGUAUUUUUCUGUGAUUGUGGACUGUGCUUUUGAUGCAGGUGGUGAAAAACAAACGUUUUUGAUACUGCGAGAUGUGGAUGUUUCUACGAGUCCAAUAAAAGUUGACGAGUACUUUUUAGAGUUUUUAAACUUAAGCAAUACAUCCGAACAUGGACCUUUUGAACAGUUGCAGAAUGUGUUAAAAGCUCUUGAUCUUGAUAUUGAUGAUAUAAGAGGACAGGGAUAUGGUAUUGGAUCUCUGGUGAAAGGGAGAGCCGAAGGUAUACAAGAAAAGCUUUCAGGUAUAAAUCCAAGAGCAUUGUACACACCAUGGGGUUGUUGUAGUCUCAAUGUAACUCUUUGUGAUAUGGUAGACCCUUCUAGCAGACUGUUUUGGUUUUUUGGAUCCAUACAAUGCAUAUAUUCAGUGUUUGCUCAUUGUACAAAGUGUUGGCAAAUUUUGGAGGAUAAUGUAAAAGGUUUCGCUCUUGAACCAUCGUCAACCAAACGAUGGGAGAGUCACAUCGAAUGUGUUAAAGCGAUAAGAUUCCAUGCUUCAGAUGUAAGAGAAGCUUUGCUUGAAGUAGCUGAUACUGAGAUUGACCUCGGAGUAGUCUCCCAAGCUAAUUCUUUAGCAGAAUAUGAUCUUGAAUAUGGGUUCUUAUUAGGCAUGAUCAUUUGGUUUGAUAUAUUAUCUGCUGUUGACGUGGUUAGCAAAUACUUGCAAUCUAAAGACAUGUGUAUUGAUAGUGCUAUAGCUGAAAUGAAAAGGCUGAUCCAGUUUUUUGAAAGGUACCGGGAAGUUGGGUUUACAGAGGCAUUGAAAGUUGCUAAAGAUAUUGCCACCGAAAUGGAAAUUGAUUGUGUGUUUGAUGAAGCACGUGAACGUCGUAGAAGAAAAUGUUUUGGCAAGAAUGUCGAUCAAUCAUCUCCUGAAUCACUUGAAGAAUCCUUCAGAGUUCAGUAUUUCCUAUACACUGUGGAUCAAGUGACUGGUUUAUUGAAGAGAACUCUUGCACAGUAUCAAGCAUAUGAGGACAUCUUUGGGUUUCUGUUUUGUUCUGAGAAGUUGAAUUCAUUUGAGGAAAAACAUUUGAAAACUUCUUGUUGUCAGCUUGAAAUGUUUCUCAAUCAUGAGAAGUUUUGUGACGUAGAUGGGAACAGCUUAUUUGAAGAACUGCAAUGGUUACGGAAGAAGUUGCCAGAAGAAAAUAUGACAGCCAUUGAGAUAUUAAAUUUCAUAAAUCGGCUGGACUGUCUUCCGAAUGCAUACAUUGCCUAUAGAAUUAUGCUGACCAUACCUGUCCUGUUCACAUCCACUGGUGGUUUUUCAAAAUUGGAGAUACUGAAUUCUUACUUGCAAUCGCCAAUGUCACAAGAAGUUUUAGAUGGACUAGCUUUGAUUUCUACUGAGAAGGGGUUCCUAGAAAAACUUGACUAUGACAGUUUAAUCGAUGAUUGUGCAACUAAAAAUGCAAGAAGAACAAUUCUCAGUGAUACAUGUUGCUCAGAUUAG